UAGGACAACUGGGUGACGUAUGCACCAAGAUGGCGGACGGAACGGACAGUGGAUUUUCGGAGGGUCAGUCCAGCGGUCCAGGCGGCUCAAGUGGGCCGAUUUCUCCUGACCUUGACCCACUGAACAUCACCACGUCUACCGUGGACCUGGAGGAGUCGCUGGACAUGGGUGCAGAGACACCUCUAGAUUGUGGCCCCACCCCCAGGUCUUUCUACACUUUGUUUACAGAUGGAGAGGGUGACCCAAAGUCUACAGGUGAUGACAUCACAACCUUGACUCAGUCGUCACUCGCUGGCCUGCGAUUGGACGAUGCCCUGGCCUCGGACGUGCAUGAUCUGUUUGUAACUGUGGACGACCCUGAGAAACACAUCACCAACAUGGAGUCCUACAUUACCUACAGGGUUACAACUAAGACGACGCGUAGCGACUAUGACUCCCAUGAGUACGUGGUACGUCGUCGCUACCAGGACUUCCUGUGGCUGCGAGAACGACUGGAGGCAACCAAUCCAACUCACCUUAUACCUCCACUCCCUGAGAAACAUUCCUUCCGUCGGUUGGACCGCUUCAGCCCGGAGUUCCUGAAAACUCGGCAGGCAGCGCUGCAGAAGUUUCUGUCGCGGAUCGUGGACCAUCCCACGCUGUCGUUUAACGAGAAUCUAACCAUCUUCCUGACAGCUAAGGCAUGGGAAUUGGCCUCCCACCGGAAACAGGCUCAAGGCAUCAUGGGAAAGAUGGGGAGCUCCAUGCGUAGCAUGGCGGCAGGGUACAUGCUGAAGAACCGUUCCCCCGAGUAUGCCACUAUGCAGGAGUAUGUCAACACAUUUGGGGCCAAGAUGGGCACCAUCGACAGAAUCAACCAGAGACUUCUCAAGGAGAUGACAGAUUAUCAGCAGGACUUGCGGGAGUUUGGGCCGGUGUUUACGCUGUGGUCCAACUCGGAGACGGAGCUUGCCCCGGCCAUGUUGGGUAUGGCGUCUGGCGUGGAGAAGUGUGAGAAAGCGCUGGACCAGCAGAUCAGCGACCAGGAGCACGUCUUUGCACCGCCUGUCAAGGAGUACAUACUGUACGCUGAGGCCAUGAAGGCAGUGCUGAAGAGGAGGGACUCUAUACAGAUGGAGUAUGAACUGACAGUAGAGGAUCUCAGCAGGAAGAGAAAUGACAGAGAACAGCUGAAGAUGUCAGAUCAAAGCUACUCACUUGGGGCUUUUCUUGGGAAGGACCCAGAGGAAGUCAGACAGCAGAAAAGAACCAAGCUGGAUUCACAAAUAGAGGAGCUUCUGAAGCAGGUAGAAGUUAGUAACGACAGUGUGGAGUGUGCUAACGCUGACCUGAAGGCAGAUCUGGAGCGGUGGCACAGGAACAAGAGAAGAGAUGUCAAGGAGGUGUUCUCUGAACUGUGUGACAGAAACAUACAGUAUUACCAAGAGUGCCUGUCAGCAUGGGAAGAAACCUUACAAGAAAUCAACCAGAAGUCAGAGCUGGAGACUGCCAGCACCCUGGCCACGCCCACAUCCAGCUGUCCUGACACGCCCAAUCUAGCCACGCCCACUUCCUCCAUAACCCCUCCUCUUCCUGCCACGCCCACCAAGGGUGGUACAGAGGGCGGGGCAGCUGAGGGGCAGGGAGGGACACAAUAAAAGAGUUAGUUAUAUUUUAACACUGGUCACUUCAAAUUUUGGAAGACACUGGGAAUUUGGAAAAUGGAAAUAUCCUUAAAGUCAAAUACCUCUAUAUCUAGUUAUCAAAGUUAUGACAUUGAGAAAGAUACCAUAAUGUAGAAUGAAGCAUGCUGUUUUUAUCAACAUAUGAAACUCAAUUGUACAGUCAACGACGAGUUGAAAUAUAGGGCUUUCUUGGUUAUAUUUUCCUAAUGCCUAGUGCCUUAUCAAAGUUAGAUUGACCAGUGUCUGUUGUACUUUGCUUAGAAUUGGUAGGUGAAGAUGAGUACGCUGUUUUGGGAGGGGAGCCUGCAAUUUAGUAGCAAUGAUGUUAGGGCUAAAAAAUAUGGUAUUCAUUUUUGCCAAAGUUUUCUCUAGUCUGUGUACAAGGCCCAAGGCCUGUGUGUUCUGCUAUUGGACUUAACUGGUAUCUCAUACUAUGGAUAGAUCUUGAAAUUUCAGGUAUUUCUAAUCUUAGCUAUGUUGUAUAUGUCAUAAAUUGAAUAAUGCAAUGCCACUUUUUAUUGUGAAAAUUAAUCUGUACACAUCAUAUGUUUAGCAAAAAUUUUAGGGCUGUUUUAAAAUCUUUCCAAUUGGACAACUCAAGCUUAGUUUUGAUGGCACAUUGUAGCCUUUCAAAUAAAAAAUUAGUCCAAUUAGACUACGAUUAUAUUCUGGAUAAAGCAAAGGAAUAUUGAGAGCAUCAAAUUGGUCAAAUAAUUUCAUUAUACAACGGUUUUAAUCAAAUAUGCGAGCACUUAAAGUGUAUUACAUUUGUAUGUCUUUACUAUGGCAUUGUUUUAAGUUAGAUAAUAUAUGACAAUUGGCUGCCAUUCCAUGUGGUUUAUAGUUGUAAAUACUCCAAUAGUUUCAGUACACUGGACAUGUGAGAUGACCGUAGUAAGAGUAUAAUUGUUUAUACCACAUUGUGAAGACUGCCACUGGGGCUGUAACAGUGUCGUAGAGUGGUGCAAGUAUGUAUGAUGUCCUUGGGCCUAGAGGUAGUUAUGACAAUUCAUGUUAUGACGGUUUGGUGCAGCCCAUUGCAUAACAUAAUUCUUAGGCCUGUGUUCUAUUCAGUUGUUUUAAUGUUGUUAAAAUAUAUAUUGAAAGGGAAAAUGCAAUAAGUUUGAGGUUAUCAAAAGCCAUUUUCCUAAUGUGGUAUUCAGUUCGAAAUCUAAGAUUUUAUUGCCAGCUUAUUGAAAUAUGAUUAGUACACAGAAUUUGUAAUAGUCUUAAUUCCAUAUGUUUUAAUGUCAAAUUGUCUCUUUUUUGUAGUUGGUAAAGUGAUGUUUAAAAGUGGCUGACUGUGCCAGUGUGCUGCUAGGACAAGGCUUCUGUGCAUCUGUUUGUGUAAUGUUGUCUAUCAUGUCUCCAUUUGAUAUUGGGACCACCCGCCACAUGAUUAAGCAAUACAAAUUUUAAUCAAUGGAGACCCAGUAUUUUUCUGUUGUUGUUGUCAUGUCAAUUACACAACAUGUAGAUAGUCACAAGCAAAGAUUAAAAGUUAUAUGGAAUUCUGAAGUUGAUCUGGUGUUUUUACAUGUUUCAAAAUUGAUGAAAUUUGGUCACACACAAGUUGUGUAGCUUUGAUUCCUGGGGACAAGAUUUCCGAAAAUGUACAAUGCCAUUUUAAUUUGUGACACAUCGGUCAGUUUUGAUUGAAAUUGUUUACUGUUACUCUGUAAUUGGAUAUUUUGUAUUUGUCAUUGUCACUAAAAUUUCAAUGAUACAAUAAAUGCAUUUUAAUGUGG